AUGAACAACUCUACAGUAGUCAGCAGCAGAAAGGAAAGAUUCCUCCACAAACUCAAGCUCAUCGGCCUAGUCCCACAACCUCAAACUAACUACCUGCACCUCAAGAAAACUACUCCACAAAUCAAAGAGGCAGAAGAAGAAGAACACCAUGAUGAAGUGGCGGCGGUGAGGUGUCCGCCAGGUGGAGCCGAGGCUGCGAUCCUCUACACCACGAGCUUACGGUCCAUACGGAAGACUUUCGAGGACUGCCACUCCAUCCGCUUCCUGCUGCAGAGCUUCAAGGUGGCGUUCCAGGAGCGCGACGUGGCGAUGGACUUGGGGUUCAGGGAUGAGCUGUGGAAGGUGAUCGGCGGCGGCGGGAGAGUCGUCCCGCCGCGGCUUUUCGUCAGAGGGAAGUACAUAGGGGGAGCUGAUGAGGUCAUCACUCUGCAUGAACAGGGGAAGCUGAGGAAGCUGUUCGAUGGAAUCCCGACGGUGGGUUUGCCGGCAGGCAAUUGCGGCUGCGCCGGCUGUGGCAACUUGAGGUUUGUCGUUUGCACCAAUUGUAAUGGUCGCCGGAAGGUGGUGGCGAUCGGCGGCGGGGAUCGGGAAGGUGGUGGUGGUGGGGAUUUUGUUAGGUGCUUGGAGUGUAACGAGAAUGGACUUAUGAAGUGCCGCAUUUGUAGCUGA